UAGUAUCAAGCUAAUCAAUUUUUACCACAUUCACAAAUCUAACAAUUUGAACAAUGAGUGCUGCAAAUCAAAAUGAUGUAGUGAUUAUGUUUACCGAAGAAGAAGAAGGUCUAGUGGUGAAGUCAUGGAACUUGAUGAAGAAGGAUGCUGCCGAAUGGGGUCUCAAGUUUUUUCUCAAGAUAUUUGAGAUAGCCCCAUCAGCUCAAAAAAUAUUCCCAUUUCUGCGAGAUUCAAAUGUUCCGCUGGAGCAGAAUCCUAAGCUUAAGCCUCAUGCCAAAUCUGUAUUUGUCAUGACAUGUGAAGCUGCACUACAACUUAGGAAAGCAGGAAAAGUUGUGAUAAGAGAAUCCACCCUAACAAAAUUAGGGACUGUCCACUCCAAAUACGGCGUCGUUGAUGAACAUUUUGAGGUGACGAAAUAUGCAUUGUUGGAGACUAUAAAAGAGGCAGUGGGAGAAAUUUGGUCACCAGAAAUGAAGAAGGCAUGGAGUGUGGCAUAUGAUCAUUUGGUUGCUGCCAUCAAGUCUCAUAUGAAUCCACAAUCAUGAAUUCACUUCAUAAAUCAAUUAUUUCAAUAACACAUUUGGUUUAAUUUUGUCUGUUAUGGUUGUAUUGUGCAAAAUUAAUUACUAUGUCAAUUUUCGAUUGCGUUGUUAUUUGUUGAAUAAAAUGUGUUAUUUGAGUUUUAAGAAAAUGUAUUUUUUGUUCGAAGCUUAGUUAAUAUGGAAAUGGUGUUGAUUUGUACCA